AAGAAGAACGGGGAAAAAAGAGGAGACAAUAAACGAAGUGGACCUUCAAUAGCACAGCACCGAGAGUCCGUCUUUUUGAAUAAAAGCCGGAGAUUAGACCCCUCGGAGUCCAUCGGCAGCUGGAGGUCGUUACAAACCAAACCGGUGAUUUUUGGAAGCUGUUGGUGAUUAAAGAAGUUUCCCAUGAGUGAAACCCCAGUCUGGACCAGCAUGAACCCAGAGACCCUCCACAUAAAGGAGGAACAGGAGGAACUCUUGACCAGUCAUGAGGGACAGCAAAUUAAUGGUCUGGAGGAAGCUGAUAUCAUCAAGGUCAUAAUCACAGCUGUUCCUGUGAAAACUGAAGAUGAUGAAGAAAAACCUCAGUUUUUACCAUUUCAUCAAAGCCAAACUGAAGACAACAGAGAUGCAGAGCCUGAAAGUGAUGGACCCGAAUCAAGCAGUGACCCAGAUCUACAUCAUCAGUUUAAACCUAAUAUUGAUGAAAAGGCUUCAGACUAUUCUGAGACUACUGAUGAUUCUGGGCCUGAAAACGAAGACAGCGACAGUGGCUGGAAGGAGAGCAGGGCACUUGAGUCAGACUUAAAUAUUGAUGUGGACUGUAAUGCUGCCAAAAAAUUCUUAAGCUGCACUUUGUGGGGUCAACAGUUUAUCUACAAGCAGUGUCUUCAGAAACAGCUGACAUGCCAUUCAGCACAAAGCCCUUCUAGCUGUUUGAGUGAUAAGAGCUCUGAGGUAAUGCAAAAUGUAGAUUCUCAGGUGGUCCAAACAGGAGUGAAACAAUUUGUCUGCGAUGAGUGUAGUGAAAUAUUUUACCGAAAGUCAGAAUUUAAGAGACACAAGAAAAUGCACAAUGGAGGGAAAGCAUUCAGUUGUGACUAUUGUGGUAAAGGGUUUAACCGAACUUCAGAUCUCAGGACACACAUGAGAGUUCACACAGGUGAAAAACCAUUUAGCUGCAGUAGUUGUGGACAGAGAUUUAACCAGAAGAUACAUCUUAAAACACACAUGAGAAUUCACACUGGAGAGAAACCGUUUGUUUGUGAGGAAUGCGGUAAAAGGUUCAGCCAACAGGGAAAUCUGACAACUCACAUGAGAGUCCACACCGGAGAGAAACCAUUAGCCUGUGAUGACUGUGGACAAAGGUUUAACCAGCAGACACAUCUUAAAGCACACAUGAGAGUUCACACAGGAGAGAAACCCUUUCACUGUAACGACUGUGAUAAAACAUUUAAACGAAAGACACACCUUAAGACACACAUGAGAGUCCACACUGGGGAGAAACCUUUUGGUUGCAAGGAUUGCGGUAAAAGGUUUUACCGAAACACAGAUCUUAAGACUCACUUGAGAGUCCACACAGGAGAGAAGCCAUAUGGCUGCGAUGAGUGUGGGCAAAGGUUCAACCAAAAGACACAUCUUAAGGAACACAUGAGACUCCACACGGGAGAGAAACCAUUUCACUGUGAUGAGUGUGGCAAAAGAUUUAAUCGUAAAACGCAUCUUAAUUCACAUAUGAGAGUCCACGCAGACUAAAAACAUUACAGCUGCAUGUUUGCUGUGAAAGGUUCUUUCACCAUGUGUGUGUUUGUAAGAGCCCCGGGAUUUUUUAUCGUUUCAUUUUUCUUUUUCUUUAGUGCAUAGUUUAGAAUAUUUUAAACAAAAUAAAUACUAGAGGCUUACCCUAAGGUUUUGUUAUUUAAAGAACCCAAGCAGAAAAUAGAUUGUACUGUUUCUAGAAACACUUCAUUUAAGACUGCACUCUGUAUUAACUCUGCUGCAAUGUUUCCCUGAGUUUGUAUAUGUCAGUCCACUACAAUGCUUGUGCUCAUAUAAAGACUAUUUAUAAUGUAUUUGAUGUUAUAGGGCCCAGGGAGACUAGCAGUGGCUCUGAAGGAAGCUCAUCUGACCAGAAAACAUUUCAGUGAUUAUGCUAGUUCCCAUACAGGUUGCUUUUUCACCGACGGCAUUCCAGUGCCGGUGCAGGUGCCAGUAUUUGAACCGUUCAGUGGUCAGUGCUUGGGCGAAAAAUAGGUUCAACUUGGGCCCUGCAAGCUAGCUGGUCUCAAACCAAGAACGCUUGACGAAAGUGGCAGAAGGGUGUGACUCUGCCAUCUCAACGUAAAGUUUUCUACCAGUAUUUCACUGGUGGUGGUGUGUAUUAUAUGAGAAAAGCCCUGGGAUUUUCAUGACUGUGAAUUAGGUUGGGCUCUUAGGGGUGAACUUGCUGCUUUGUAUCAGUUCAUAUCACUGAUAAAAGGACGGAAAGUGCAUCCUUGUUGUCUUGCUUAUAAUUGCUGUCUGUGUUUACCUCUGUGCUGCACACAGAUGCUGCAGUAGUUUUGUUUGGAGUGUGCGCAGCACAAGAAAGGGGGACGUAUUCUCCCACGUUUGCGCUCUUCAGCUUCUGUGUCCAGACGAGGACCCGCCCACACUCAUACGUAAAGGAGCAGUUUACAGAAACACGGUGGAAACACAGGCUCGUUCUUAAGAGUUUCGCAGGUUCAUUGAAACCGACACAAGCACCGGCACCUCGGUGGUGAUAAAGUAGCAACAGUGUCACUAAAAGAAUGGAUUCUGAUUUGGUGAUUUGAAAUAGAUGAAUUCUUCUCUUUUACUAAAUGUUACUAGCAGGUUUACUGAGAAAUACUACUUUGUAAUAUAAUGUACAUUUUAGCCAGUGGAUUUUGUUAAAACUUAUGUACUGUAAAUACAAAUUACUCUCAGCUGUCUGUUGAUGAGAACACUACUUUGUGCAUGUACUGCUGUGUUUGCAUGUUGUCUCUCAAAGUGUUUUAUUAAAGGU